CCUCUCGCGAGCCCGACCGCGUCUUUCCGGCUUCAGUAAUGGCUCAUGAAGCAAUGGAAUAUGAUCUUCAGGUGCAGUUAGAUCAUCAUGCUGCAGAACAGCCUGCUCUUGCUGAAGUGGUCAGCAGCCAAGGAGGUCCACUCCUGCUCCAGCCUGCUCCUGCUGAAGUGGUCAGCAGCCAAGGGGGACUGCCCCUGCUCCAGCCUGCUCCUGUUGCAGUGGUCAGCAGCCAAGGGGGACCACCCCUGCUCCAGCCUGCUCCACAGGUGUCCAUUGACCUGACAGAGGAAGUGGAGCCCUUGGGAGAAGAGAGUGUGGAGAACAUCGAUCCAGGAGCUUCAGAGGAACAUAGGCAGGGAUCUGGUGCUAACCACACCCUCGGAGUAUCUUCAUUGGAUUCAGUGAGCAGCUUCAUCAGCGGGCUGCAGAGGCUUCAUGGCAUGAUGGAAUUCCUAAGACCAUCUUCAGACCGCAGUGUGGGGCCAGUGAGAGCGAGGAGGAGGAGGUCUGCCUCACACAGGGCAAGAGCCGGAGGGUCUCAGAGGACAGACAGUGCCAGGGCAAGAGCACCAUUGGAUGCUUACUUUCAAGUGAGCAGGACCCAGCCUCAUUUGCCAACUGCCUCUUAUGAUUCAGAGACUAGGAAUCCUGUCUCUGAAGACUUGCAGGUAUCAAGUAGCUCCGAUUCUGACAGUGACAACUCCACAGAGAAUGAAGAGGUGGUUGUCCUGGCAGAGGAACCUGGAGCUGCCGUUUUAGAAGAACAAGUAGGAGGUAUCUCAGCAGAGCAAGAUGUUACAUGUAUCGGUGGAGAAGACACCCUCCCCAAGCAGCAGUCUCCCCAGAAGUCCAACCCCCUUGUACCUUCUGCUUCUAUGGAUGAGGAAGAAGGGGACACUUGCACAAUAUGUUUGGAACAGUGGACCAAUGUUGGGGAUCACCGGCUCUCAGCAUUACGCUGUGGACACCUCUUUGGGUACGGGUGCAUUUCUAAGUGGCUUAAAGGGCAGGCACGAAAAUGUCCCCAGUGCAACAAGAAAGCCAAGCACAGUGACAUCGUUGUCCUUUAUGCCCGCACCGUGAGAGCUUUGGACACAAGUGAACAUGAGCGCAUGAAAAGUUCCCUAGUAAAGGAGCAGAUGCUAAGGAAGCAGGCCGAGUUAGAAUCAGCACAGUGCCGGCUCCAACUUCAAGUCCUCACUGAUGAGUGCACUAGGCUUCAUAGUCGUGUCCAGGACUUGCAGAAACUUAUUGUACAGCAUCAGGAUCAGAUUUCACAGCAACCCAGGGGCUCCCAAGCACGUUUACUAAACUGUGUGCCCUCCAGCCAGGGCCAGCGCAAGUACCAUUUCCAGAAGACCUUCACAGUGUCUCAGACAGGAAACUGCCGAAUCAUGACAUACUGUGAUGCUCUGGGCUGCCUGGUGGUGUCACAACCUUCUCCUCAGGCCUCCCUCCUUCCAGGCUUUGGUGUUAAGAUGUUGAGUACUGCCAACAUGAAAAGCAGUCAGUACAUUCCCAUGCAUGGCAAACAGAUCCGCGGACUGUCUUUCAGCAGUCGGUCUAAAGGCUUACUGCUCUCUGCUUCCCUGGACAGCACUAUUAAACUGACCAGCCUGGAGACAAAUACCGUGGUCCAGACUUAUAAUGCUGGCCGUCCUGUCUGGAGCUGCUGCUGGUGUCUUGAUGAAAACAAUUACAUGUAUGCUGGACUGGUCAAUGGUUCGAUACUGGUGUACGACCUUCGAAACACGAGCAGUCAUAUCCAGGAGUUAGUACCUCAGAAAGCCAGAUGCCCAGUGGUAUCCCUGUCAUACCUACCCCGAGCUGCCUCAUCUACAUUUCCAUAUGGUGGAGUGUUGGCUGGAACCUUGGAGAACGCUUCCUUCUGGGAGCUGAAAAUGGGCUUUUCUCAUUGGCCUCAUGUGCUGCCCGUGGAGCCAGGGGGCUGCAUAGACUUUCAGACAGAGAGCAGCACCCGGCACUGUCUUGUGACCUACAGGCCUGAUAAAAAUCACAACACCUUACGAAGUGUGCUGAUGGAGAUGUCCUACAAGCUGGAUGAUGCUGGAGAGCCAGUCUGUUCCUGCCAUCCUGUACAAACAUUCCUUGGGGGACCCGCUUGCAAACUACUGACCAAAAGUGCCGUUUUCCAAAACCCAGAGAAUGAUGGCAGCAUCCUGGUGUGUACUGGGGAUGAAGCAUCAAAUUCUGCCCUGCUGUGGGACGCUGGCAGUGGCUCUCUGCUACAGGAUCUGCAGACCCAUCAGCCUGUCUUGGACAUCUGCCCAUUUGAGGUGAACCAUAACAGCUACUUGGCUACCUUAACAGAGAAGAUGGUCCACGUCUAUAGGUGGGAGUGACCGUGGUCUUGAAACUUACCAGGCAUGCUGCUGGUUAACAUUAAAUGUUGUUUGCUAGCACCUUACAGCCCUGAGCAAGAUCUCUGCUAUUGUCUAUGGCCUAGAACUUUUGGGAUCAUGGUUCCUUUGGAUUGGUAUGAUUCUAGGACUCCAAGUCGCUGAAACACUACAGUUUGUGUAUUUGCUGUGUCCACCAAAAGAGUAAGUGACUGGGAUCCAUCUACAUUAUCCAUUUCUUGGGUUAAAAGCUUUCGUGAAUCUUUGUUGAGAAUCUG